AUGACCGUUGACGACCUUUCACAAUUGGAGCCUAUUUCGGAGCCCAUGGAUGAAGACAAAUUCUGGUCAAUUGUUAAUAAGUCGCUCCAGGAAGCUGGUAACGAAGAUGACCAGUUAAAGUGGCUCAUCUCUGAGAUAGGUAAGAUGACAGCAGAAGAAAUGGUUGGAUUUCGAUUGCAAUGCGAGAGACUAGUUUGGGAAUUGUACACUUCCGAGAUGUGGUGUGCUGGAUAUCUUAUGAACGGCGGAUGCUCCGAUGAUGGGUUCGAGUAUUUUAGAAGAUGGGUCGUCUCGCGAGGUAAAGACGUGUAUUACAAUGCGAAGGCAGACCCUGACUCGUUGAUUUCCCAAGUAACUGAGGACUCCGAAAUUGACUUCGGAUUUGAAUUCGAAAGCUUCUCAUAUGCCUCGAUUGACGCGUUUAAAGAGAAAUUCAAAAAGAACAUAUGGGACUAUACAGAUUACGAGACAUUCAGAACCAAACGGGGUUAUACUCUCGAAAUCACCUUCAAUUGGAAGGAGAAUGAGCCCGAGACGAUGAAGGCCAUCUGUCCCAAGUUGUAUGAACGUUGUUGGUAA